AUGUUUUCCAACAUAGGGUACGACCCUUCAAACUUGUCGAUCCCACGAAUUCGGGGCAUCCUUCUUCCGAGGAUUUUCCCGCUUUCCAGGCUGCUCCCGCCAUCCUCCACCAUCUCCAACACCGUAAACGCGAAUUCGAGUGAGGGAAAGGGCACUGGCGGUGCCGUCGAGAUUGGUGAUGCUGGUACUACCGUUGAAAACAGCCGUGUUCACGAAGAUUCGGAUAGAUGGGGACCCCCAGAAUUAACUCAAUCACUUUCAUCGACCUCGACCACGACUUCUUUUCUGCACCAGGCCGGAAUCGCAGACAUCCGCCGGUUCCUAUCCAUUCACGCCCCUCCAUUCCGUUCAGGAUCUCAUUCCCAAUCCGGUUCACCCUCAAUACCAUUCUCGAGGUCUCCUACCCCAUCAACGACUUCGGUUGCGCCGCCCAUUACAUCUACAUCCGCUACCGUCUUUUCGUCACCUUCCCCCUCGGACCUUGAAACACUGGGACGUUCGACGAUGACAGGUCUGUCAGCAUCGUAUCAAACGCUUACGAACCAGCCUUCCCUUCUGGAAGGCCCUUCACCACCCAGGAAAAUAUUCGCACGGUUGAUCCCCGUCUACCACCCCAACAGCGGGAUCUAUUCCAGUUAA